UGAAUUUCGUGAUAAAAUAAAGGUGGUAAGAACGAAUUCAAGGCCCAGGAAGUUGGUUUCAAUACCCGUACUGAGGAAAAUCCUCAUUGAAGGAGAGAAGGUCUUCAUUUUUGCAACCGGCGUUUGUGCAAUCGAAGGAUGUUGUGGAUUUAGUUGCACUUUCCGGUUGAUAAAUCUUCCAUCUCGACCCGCCGAGCAUCAUGUCGCGCAGUUUCCGGACUCCGCUGCAGUUGCCGACGAAACCGCGCAAAGGUUUGCUGCCGCUGGACCACCAGAUCCCACCGACGAGUCCUUCCGUUUUCCGGACUCCUGUUGCGGUGCGGACCGUGAAACGCAAGGAUGAAUCGAAGGUGGCGCAACUCAUGGAACUCGACAACACGCUGCUCAAUGCCGUCGACCUGGAGAGCAUCGAACAGCAGGCGAACACCCGGAAACCGGCUUCCCCGAAAAACGGCUUGUCGAAGACCAAAUUCAAACGAUCGCUAUCGGUGGGAGCUGAACCGAAGAUACUGGCCAGCACGCCCAAACGUCGAAGAUCGAGCAACGGAGGACGCAAGAUUUACGUACUGCAGAUGAGCAUGGAAGCAGAAGCAGCAGGCGUUGCACCACCGGCAGCCAGCGACGAUAGCAACGGUGAGAACGAUCCUUCACGGACUGAGUCGUUGACGAAGUCACGUCGAAGUGCGACGAGCUGCGAGGAUGAUAACGACGACGAGGAUCUGUUACCGUGCGGUCAGGAGGUGGUCCGUAAUAAUGAGACACUCAACACAGAUGACAUCAUACGGGAUAAGUUGCGCAAGUUGGGCACCUCCCGGAUUAACGCAACGCAUAUAGCCAGCCAGUUACCUGCGCUGGGUGAUGAGCUGUUCGAGGUAUUUACGAAUCCCGCCAUCUGUUCCCAGUAUAUGCGGCUCGAUCAAUCGGUGCUGAUCGAAAGCGAAAACAGAGCCGAACUUAUCCGUUCCUCCCAAAACAAUGGAGACGAUCGAGAGCGUAUGGUGCGGCCGGGGGCAACGGAGGACGAACCGGCCUUACCCCAUAAUCUCUCCGAUGAGCAACGGAAGCUACAGAUGAACGAAGUCGAACGGAUCUUUGCCGAUUGCGAGCGAACGCUGCACGAUAUGACGAACCUCGAUCAGAUGGAAGCAGAGACGCUAGAGGUAGCGGGCGUUGAGGAGCCGCCACCUCCACCACCAACACCAAAGAUAUCCAGCACACUCGCGGCCAUCGAUUGGGAUGAAGAGAUCCAACAGACCGCCGUCAAACCUCGCGUCUCAUCGCUCUUCCUCGAGAAGGGUCCGUUCUAUGGGCUACCGUCGUCCGUUCGCCGCAUUCUGAGGGAUUUUCGUGGUAUCGGCGAGCUGUACGAUUGGCAGCGUGAAUGUCUCGAGCUACCGGCCGUACGGGAGCGCCGUAAUCUGAUCUACGCCCUACCGACAAGCGGUGGCAAGACGCUAGUAGCGGAGAUACUAAUGCUUCGGGAGGUGCUGUGUCGGUUGCGCAACGUUAUCUUCAUUGUGCCGUACGUUUCACUGGCCCAGGAAAAGAUGAUCGCACUUAGCCCAUUCUCGAUCGAGCUACAAUUUCUGCUGGAGGAGUACAGUGGAGGCAAGGGCCAGUGUCCUCCACGGAGGCGGCGAAAGAAAAACACGAUCUUCGUGUGUACGAUCGAGAAGGCGAUGAUGCUGAUGGACUCGCUGGUCGAGGAAUCGCGUGCCAACGAGAUCGGUAUGAUCGUGAUCGAUGAGCUGCACAUGAUCGGUGAACCACGCAGGGGUGCUUGUCUCGAGAUGCUAAUUACCAAGGUGCAGGCACUGCGUGCGGGCAUUCAGAUCGUCGGAAUGAGUGCCACGAUCGGGAACUUAAACGAGGUCGCCCGGUUUAUGCUGGCCGACGUGUACUGUCGGGACUUUCGUCCGGUGGAGCUGCAAGAGUACGUCAAGUGUGGAGAGGCACUGUACGAGGUGCGCGGUCAGCAAGGCCACGGUGCACGUGCAAGUGAGCAGGUGUUCGGUGAGAAGCGAUCACUCCGAUUUGAGGAUUACUCGGAUGAACUCCGACGGAUCGAUCCAGACGGUAUCGUGGGACUGAUCCUACAGGUCAUCCCAAACGGUUCCUGCCUGGUGUUUUGUCCGACGAAACGGAUGUGCGAGAACUUGUCUGCGAUGCUGGCGAAACAUCUGCCACCUGCCCUAGCGGAGCACCGGGCCGAAGAGAAGGCAAAAUUGAUCAAAUCGUUAGCCGAGGAUGGUUCGGUGGCACCGAUCUUGCCCCAGUCUUUUCGCGUCGGAGUCGCCUACCAUCACGCUGGACUGACGCAAGAUGAACGGCGUACGAUCGAGGAUGCGUUUCGGGCCGGAGUGCUGUCACUGAUCGUGUGCACCUCGACACUGGCCGCUGGUGUGAACUUGCCCGCACAGCGUGUCAUCAUUCGAUCGCCGUACAUCGGCACCAGCUUCCUAACGCUCAGCCGCUACAAGCAGAUGGUGGGCCGAGCCGGGCGUGCCGGAUUCGGCGAAAAGGGUGAUUCGAUCCUCGUCUGCGCACAACGUGACAUUCCGCAGGUUUGCGAGAUGCUUUGUUCACCGAUGGAUCUCGCGGAAUCAUCGCUCAUGGAAGACGAUCGGGUACAGUUUAAAUCGUUGCUGCUCAGUGCAAUCGGUCUCGGGAUCUGUGGAACCCGUGACGCUCUUCAAACACUUGCCAGUAGCACGCUACUGAGCCAACAAGCGGAACGCCGUCAGCUUGAGCUAAGUACGAUCACCGAUGAAGUGAUCGUACAGUUGUAUCAAGGCAAUGCGAUCAAGGCCCGGCACGAUAGCUGCCUCCGUAAUCCUCCCAACAUGAUCGUGACGAUCAGUACGGCAGAAGAGGAAGAGCAGGCUCCAAGAUUGACAAUGUUCCCGUUCGCCCAUCCCGAAGAGACGCCGCGGACGGCGUCGUUCAUUCGCGUCCACAAGGAUCCAUCGCAGCCUGGCAAGCUGAUCAAGACGAUCGAGCGAAGCAGCCAGCUGGAGGUGAAUCGCCUCGGCAAAGCGGCCAUCCGUGGAGGGUUCGAUAUGGAGAAGGCAGUCCGAUAUUAUGAUGAGAUGCAAACGCUCGGGAAGCGGCUGUGUGUUCUCGACGAGUACGAUCUUUUUUAUCUGAUCCUGCUCGAGGAUGGUCGCGAGGUGCACCUAAAAGUAGACGAACUGAUCGUACUGAUCAAUCAACUGACGAGUGAACAGCAACGUAUUGCCGAACGGUACGGCAUAGGUAAUGUGCUGAUGACAAAGAUCCUUACGAGGCGAGCCAUUCCGGAUGAGCAGAUGCACAAAAUGCUCCGCUUCGUCCGGGUGCUGGUCGUGCACGAGCUGUGGCGUCAGACGAGCGUACAGGAGGUCGCCCAGCGUUAUCACGUGAAUGCUGGCUCCCUGCAAACGCUUAUGAAUAGUACGGCCGGGACGGCUUACAGUGUACUGCGAAUGUGCGAAGAAGUACCGGAACUGUGGGCCUUUAAGCAUCUACUAACGGGUAUCAUCGAGCGAUUAACGCAUUGCUGUAAGCAGGAGCUGAUGCCACUGAUGGAGCUUCCGUCGGUGAAACUGGGACGUGCAAAGCAACUCUACCGGGCUGGAUUCACCACGCUGGCCUCGAUAGCACGUGCCAAGUCGAAGGAGCUGGUCGAAUCGAUCGAACACAUGAACUACCGGGCAGCUAAUCAGCUGAUACUGAGUGCGAAGGCCAAACUUAUGCAGGAAGUUGAUGCACUUCGCGAACAGGCGGAAGAGUACCUAUCGCAGCUGAAUCGUUAAACGAUUCGUCCCGAUCGUUGGCGCACCUUUUCCAGCGAGAAAAGGAACUCGUGUACAGCGGUUCGUAACGAGGCUAGGAUGG